AUGCUUGACAAUAAAACAGAUGCUUUGCCCCAGCAUCAGCCCGAGCUACCCACACGCCCCCAGCUGCCCAUGCCCAAGUCCGACCAAGUUUACUUUGCUGAGGAACAAAAGGGCUGGCAUGGUUACGUCGAAUGGGAGAAAUAUCCCGACAAGGCAAAGAGGGCAGCAGAAAUACUAUCACAACACAAAUUCGCUGGCGUGCCCGAGUUCCAGUUGAAACCCUUAUCAAGCACGAACCCUCGACUUGAAGGAGUACGAUGGAAACAAUACCACGCGGCUCUAGGGCCGACACUCGAGAAUCUUCCCAAUGAAAGCUGGGACAUUGUGAAAGAAGAAAAAGCAGAGGAUAUGAUUCACGUUCUUGAUUUUCCAUAUAAUGGGGAACCUCCAAGGGAUCGUCUUGUCGGAACUACCCUUACAAGGAACGAAGACCAUUUCGUGCGCAACCACGGCGGAAUACCUGUUAUCGACGAGAAUGAAUACUGCUUGGACAUUGGCGGGAUGGUGAACAAUCCGACACGAUUGACUCUGAAGGAUUUGAAGAAUGAGAACUUGUUUCCGAGGCAGACCGCGGUGGUGACUAUACAAUGCUCCGGGACUCGCAGGAUUGAGCAAAUCCAAGAGUACCCUGGUGAUGGAGAUGAGCUGAUUAACGCACCAUGGGGCGAAGGCGCCAUUGGCACCGCACGCUGGACGGGCGUCAGCCUAAAGAAAGUGCUCAAACACUGCGGGGGCCUGAAAGAAGGUGCCGGGCACAUCGAGUUCAUGGGUGUCGACACCUACUUCAAAAAGGGUCAAGUCUACAACUACGUUGUCUCAGUUCCUUGGCGGAAGGUUCGCGUCCACGAGGUCAUGUUGGCCUGGGAGAUGAAUGGGAAGCCGUUACCAAAGAUCCAUGGCUACCCGUUACGAGCAGUGGUGUUUGGGUAUAUUGGAGCAAGAAGUGUCAAAUGGCUCGCUCGCAUAACCGCGAUCCCGCACCCCUCCACUGCGCCUGUUCAGAAGAAGGAGUACCUUUACUACACACCCCAAGCCGGCAAACACAACGCAUCGUAUAGUUCAGGGUUCUCUAUACAAGACAUGCCCGUUGCCUCAGCCAUUAUUUCUCCCAUCGACAAAGCCGUCAUCAUCCACGAUGGCGCAAUCAAGAUGCGCGGCUGGGCAUACAGCGGUGGCGGGCACUGGCCCGAACGCGUAGAAGUGAGUGGAGAUGGAGGCAGCGUGUGGUACGAGACGCCGUACGAGAAAUUGAGUCAGAAAUACUUUCAUGCGUGGAGGUUGUGGGAGAUUGAUUUGCCGGUGGAUGCAGAGGGGUGGCUCGAAUUGGUUGCCAGAUGUUGGGACAAUGCCCUGAACACGCAGCCAACCUAUGUGAGAAGUACGUGGAACUGGGACCUUCACGUCACAUCAUCCUGUCACCGCAUCAAAGUCUUCAGCGUCAACCGGUCCAGACCGGCCACGGCGAAAAGGCUCAAGAGGCUCGAGCAAGAGGGUAUCGAUUUUCACCCCGUCACGAAGCCUUUGGAAAUCGACCUAGAAAGUGACGACGAAUAUGAGACGGAGAUGCAGAGGAGAGGAGGGAGAGAGCCUGAGGAGUGA